AUGGAGUGGGAGAAGCUGCAACAGAAAGAGCAUGAAAUGGAUGGGCAGGCAAAUGGGAAUGGGAAUGGAGGUGUGUUGUAUGUGAAGGUGAUGACUGAUGAGCAAUUGGAGACUCUUCGCAAGCAAAUUGCUGUUUAUGCCUCCAUUUGUGAGCAGCUUGUUGAGAUGCACAAGAACCUUACAGCCCAGCAAGAUCUUGCAGGUGUCCGGAUGGGAAAUCUGUACUGCGACCCGCUGAUGACAUCUGCGGGACACAAAAUUACUGCCAGACAGAGGUGGACUCCAACACCUGUGCAGCUACAAAUUCUGGAGCGCUUAUUUGAACAAGGGAAUGGAACUCCAAGCAAGCAAAAGAUCAAAGAGAUAACCUCUGAACUGAGCCAGCACGGGCAAAUUUCUGAAACGAAUGUUUACAAUUGGUUCCAGAACCGGCGUGCUCGAUCAAAAAGGAAGCAACAAAAUGCAGCAUGUAACCAUGCUGAAUCAGAAGUAGAGACAGAAGUGGACUCACCAAAGGACAAGAAAACAAGACCAGAGGAACUGUUUCAGUCCCAGCAGAACUCAGCUCAAAGGACUGAAGAUUUGUGCUUCCAGAGUCCUGAGAUAAGUUCUGACCUGCAUUUCUUGGAUCCACAGACCACGAAGACAGAUAAAAUGUUCCCAUCAAACAGCGGUUUAAGGACUUCCAGACAUUUAAGCGAAAUGUCAUUCUAUGAUGAAGUGCUAUCAAACUCAAGAAAUGACCUCAUGACUGGAAAGAUCGAAGCAGGCAACUACAAUCUUUUUCAGCAGGCAGAAGACUACGGCAUGACGGGGUGA